AUGGAUGAUACCACCUUUUCAUCCUUAGCAGGGGAUCCUACUAAUAAAAUUGAUUCCCCUGAAAAUCCAACCUCCAACAUGCCCUACUCAACAGCUCUCAAACAAAAUCAUAAUCAGACUUCCAAUCUCACAACAAAAGAACAAGCAAUUGUUUUUCCAUCCUUGAACAACGUAAAUUUGCAAGAUGCAGAUGACCAGGUGUGCUAUGAGUGUAAAAAACCAGGUCAUAAGGGAUCAGAUUGUUUAAAUCAACUUAACACACAAAGUCAACCCCAAACACAACCAGCACCAACCUACUCAAAUAGUCCUCCUCAAAAUAACCAAACACUGGAACCAAAUCAAGAAAUAAACAACGGUGAUGAAUCUACCAUACCUACAACAAAUGAAUCUAUGAGCCACUGUGAUAUUAGUCCAGUAGUAGAAACCCCAACAACCCCCCAUACUCAAACCAAUACAAUUGAACUUAAUCCAAAAAGGAACAGCCGCAACCAUCUGGAUCAAAUAAAUUUACAUCCAACUCCAGUCAAAACAAACGUAAUGCUUCCGAAAUUGAUAGUCCAACAAUAGAACAAAAUUAUCAAAAUUUUAAAACACCUGAACAACCAAAGAAAAAGAAGGGAGAAGAAGACCUAAAUGAAG